CUUUUCCGGUCGGGGUUAAUCCCACCUCCUUCAUUCCGCUCGCACCACAAACACAGAAAUGUUCAGUUCUUUCGUCUAAUGAGGGCAGGGGCUAAAAACCGGCUGGUUCUAGCAACAGAACACAAACCACUUCCCAGGAGAGAGAUGUGAUCCGGCCGAUUUAGAAAAAUGGGAUGACGAAAAGACACAUUGCAACAGCUCGAUGGAGACGGAGUGAACGAGCGUUUGGAAGAAACACAAAGGCAGCAGACUCGGUAUUAUUGACAUCUUUACAACAACAUCCGCUCGUUUCUUUCGGAAACAAACAAGAACUGGUGGGUGAUUAAUUGGAUUUUUCAAUUUUGUCUCCGUCUGUAUGGAGAAAACGAAAGCCGAAAUCAUCAUGGCUGUGCAAAGGCGAACAGGAGACGAACUGGUGAAGGAUUCUGGAGCAGGACGCCCCCGGGUCGUGAUGAUGGAAGUGAAAUAAGCUUGUUGUUGUUGUCGUGGGUGUUACAGGCUUCGUUGCGCACCAGCCGCUGCGUUGUUUCGCUUUUUACCUGCUCGCUUCAGCUCGCGCUGAGAGACGUCGCCUGCAUCCAUGGGCUGUAGUCGGCACUGACAGAAGCCCGUGUUGUUCCCCCGCUGCUUCCAGGACUGGAUGUUCCUCAGCACCGCGGACAGCGACAAUGAGUCGGCUCCGCAGGAAAGCGCUCGUGGCCCUUUUCCUCUUCACGCUCUUCAUCUUCGGGACCAUGAUGGGGCUCCGGACGCUGAAGCCCAGCGACGGCUUCUCGGACCUUGCCCCCGGGAUGGACUUCAUCGGCGACAAGUCGGAUCGGAGGCAGGCGGACGUGAAAGACGUCGCGGUGUCGCCGGGCCAUUCUCACGUGGGCAGUAGCGACACUAAGGUGGUUUUCACCAAAUCGGACCGAGAUUACAGCAUCUUCUACGACGUUCACAUAUUCUAUUACCUGUGGUACGGCGCUCCCAACAUGGACAACAAGUACAUCCACUGGGAUCACGUCCUGGUGCCACACUGGGACCCUAAGAUCGCGGCCAGUCACGCUCAAGGAAGGCACGUUCCUCCAGAAGACAUCGCCUCAAGUUUUUACCCUGAGCUGGGACCCUAUAGCUCCAAGGACCCCGCCGUGCUGGAGUCACACAUGGCCCAGAUAGAAGCGGCUGCAGCAGGGGUGCUGGUGUUGUCAUGGUAUCCUCCAGAGGUGGCCGACGACCACGGGGAGCCCACAGAGGACCUGGUUCCGGCAGUCAUGGACGCCGCCCACAGGCACAGCAUCAAGGUGGCCUUUCACAUCCAGCCAUACAAAGGACGGACGGACCAGAGCGUGCAUGACAACAUCAAAUACAUCAUUGACAAGUAUGGAAAACAUGACGCCUUCUACAGAUUCAGGUCCAGCACGGGGCAGGUGCUGCCACUGCUCUACGUCUACGACUCGUACCUGACGCCCCCCGAGUCUUGGGCGGAGCUGCUGACAGCCAAAGGCUCCCACAGCGUCAGGGGGACGCCGUACGACGCCGCGUUUGUGGCGCUGGUGGUGGAGGAGCGCCACAAACACGACAUCCUGGCCGGCGGCUUCGACGGCAUGUACACCUACUUCGCCUCCAACGGCUUCUCCUUUGGCUCCUCCCACCAGAACUGGAAAGCCGUCAAGGCAUUUUGCGACGCCAACAAUCUGCUCUUUAUUCCCAGCGUGGGCCCCGGGUACGUAGACACGGCCGUCAGGCCCUGGAACAACCAUAACACCAGGAACCGUGUCAACGGGCGUUACUAUGAAACAUCCCUGCAGGCCGCGUUGUCCGUCAGACCGGAGAUCGUCACUAUCACUUCCUUUAACCAAUGGCACGAAGGGACGCAGAUAGAGAAGGCUGUGCCCAAGAAAACCCUGACUCGUCUGUACCUGGACUACCAGCCCAACCAGUCAGACCACUACUUGAAGCUGACGCGCCAGUGGGCCGAGAACUUCAACAAGGAGAAGGACAAAUGGCUGAUGUGAAUGUCGGUUUCUGUCUCCAGCUGAGGCUCACGAAGUGUUUGUUUGCACCUACGUUUCUCCAACGCCGAGCUUUUCUAACACCUGAGACUUUCCACCUGUCCUCUGCUUUUAACCACUAACUGUUUGGUACAUGUUCAGUGUAGUCACUGACACGGUAUAUUGAAGUUACGAGGUUACAAUGAAACAAGCAAAUCUGUGUGUUAGUGAGAUUGAAAAGUUGCAAAUGUGUCCAGUAACUCCGCUGUUCUUAUUUUCUUAUGAUGAAGGACUGUUCUUAUUUGUGUUUCCUCGAAGAUAAAAUAAACAAUUGUCUGUUAACUGUCACAGAACCUGUGUUUGAUAUACGGUGUCAGAGGCGUCUCUGCGUAGAUGUAACUCACUGGAAAGAGCAGGAGCUUCAGCUGCUCCGCCGUCAACAUUUAACCAUCACUACAGGGUUUAAAGCGGACAGGGGUGACUCAGUUAAAGCUUUUUUUUGUAUCUAGCCUGUCCAAGCAUUUUUAACUAAUAAAGUCUUGUAUUUUGUGAUCA